AAAAUUCAAAAAAGGGCUGGGAUGCGAUUUCUGUUGGCUCCCUUCGGUUCAGCCUGAUGAGGUGUGUCAGAGUUCUGCUUGAGAUACAGAGCCUCGGGGACAGGCUCCUACUGGGACGAGGAUCCUCAGGGACAGCAGGGGACGACGGCUGCUUGAGACGGACAGAACCCCUCGGGGUGAGGGGCUGAGUGCUGUCACAGACCCUGAGGACGCGGACCUGCGCUAAGGAACGUCGGCGCUCAGCCGCAGCGCUGCGCUCGGGUCGGGGUCGCACCGCGCUUCGCGCUUCGCACUCCCGUGUCCCUCGCGGCGCUCCGUCGGGCGGGUCACGUGGGCUCACCUGGCCCAGGUGGGGCGGGGCCGGCGCCGCUCCCAGCUCGCAGGAAUCUCCUUCUGCUGAACAAUGAUGAUCUUAGACCCCGGCUAACUGACACAGCUCACGGCUCCCACGCUGCUCCUCCCAGGCAGAUGGUGGAGUCCUCCGUGAGGAUCGUCUCCGUUCAAACCAGGCGCCUGUGUGAGAAGAGGGAAAGCUGCCAGCUGCCCCGUGCUUGAGCCAUGCUGGGCCGAAAAGCAGGACCCCCCCACAACCUGAACAGCCACCGCCAGAAAAACCAGUCCUACCAGCAGGCUGUGCCCCCGAGGAGCCGACCAUCCAAGGAAGCCGAGGUCGGGCUGGAGGUGUUGGGUGGUUUGACUCCUGAAAUCAAACAGAGCCGCACCAGAGCCCAGCAGAUGCGGGACAGGAAAGGUCGCAAAGCUGACCUCAAAGACUCUAAUGGGAGAGAGGCAGAAACCAUUACCUUCAUCUCUGGUACGGCAGAGGCUCCUGCAAACCAGAGCUUCUGCUGUUCCUCUCUGUCUCAUGCCUGGAAAACGUACAAAGCUGUUUUCUGUUGCAUAGUGACCUGUGGGGGCUGCUUUCAGGACUGCAGUGUCUGUAUCCCCUAUCCAAGGCCUGCUGAGACCUCCACCGACGAUGGGAAGAAUGGAGAUUAUAAUGGGCGACUGCCAAACAGCCCUGCCAACGUCUCUCCCACCGAGAAGAAUGGGAACCAGAUCAAAAAGUCCCACAUGGGCAGCAGUUUCAGUUACCCAGAUGUCAAACUGAAGGGCAUUCCUGUCUAUCAGAACAGGAGCCUGGGCCACCAUCUGGAAUCAGAUUCGUGCUUCAAAGAGCUGCUGCCUGAGAAGCCCCUCAGGAACAGCAUAGAAAAGCCACCGCUCCCCAGCAGCCACCGGAGUUCAGAGGAGUAUUAUUCCUUCCACGAGUCUGACCUGGAUAUCAGCGAGCUGAAUGGCUCCAUGUCCAGCAGGGAGAUCGACGUCCUGAUCUUCAAGAAGCUGACAGAGCUCUUCAGCGUCCACCAGAUCGAUGAGCUGGCCAAGUGCACAUCAGACACUGUCUUCCUGGAGAAGACCAACAAGAUCUCGGACCUGAUCAAUAGCAUAACUCAGGACUACAACCUGGAUGAGCAGGAUGCUGAAUGCAGGCUGGUCCGAGGCAUCAUCCGUAUCAGCACUCGGAAAAGCAGGGUCCGGCCCCACAUUUCUGUUCCAGCCAGCCAGAGCCAUGAGGAAAAGUCCAGCAGAGGCAACGCACCAGAUAGUGGGAAUGAAACAAUGCUGGAGUCCACGGUCAUCAGCCAGGAUGAUUUGGCCGUGCAAAUAUCAGAGGAAACACCAGCAGAUGUGCUGGCCAGGAAUAUGAGGCGGCACAGCAGUGCAGGCUCUCCAACAAGCAGAGAUUCCUCUUUCCAAGACACAGAGACUGACUCAUCUGGAGCACCUCUGCUUCAGGUGUAUUGUUAAGAAAAGGGACCCAAACAGCAGGCAGGCAUUGCAAGGCUUUGCUGCAGAUUUCUCCUCUUUCCAUAUGGAUCAUAUUAUGUCACUUUUUCCCCCCAGUCUACCCACAUCCUUUGUUGAAGCCAAAGUUCUCCUACUGUCUGAGUUUCACUGGGAAUUUUUUUUUUUCUUUGGACAAUAUAGAACAUUAAGGAAGUGAACUGUGGAGCUAAUGCACUUGGGAGGUGGAAUGUGUGCCCAGGGAGGAGAAGAUGGACAAGGAAGUGCUCGAUGAUUUUAUUUCCAAUCUUCACAUUUGGUUCCAGCAAUCUCAGUGACCCAGCUCCUUCCCUGCUUUGAGAAUGUGCUGUACAUUUCUUGCUUGCUGGCAUUGCAGAAGUUAACCUGGGGAUAAUCAGAUGGUGUCUGCAUUAGUGACAGUGCUGAGGCAAAGGCCAGGCACCUGCUCUCUAAGGACCCAGAUCUCUGUGUAAAGAGCCUGGGUUGGUGGUCAGAGAAAUACAAGUCCUCUAUCUGUGGCGUUGCAGAUCUGCCUUCUUCCUGCUGCCCUGAGUGUUGUUUCCCAUUGCCUUUUAAGGAGAAGGUUCAGCUAAUGUGGUUUGUUUCAACUUUGGCCUCUUGGCCCCUCUUCCAAGAUAGUGCCAGCUGCAGGGAGGCGAUACUUGAACUGCUGCCCUCCUCAUCCUCCCCAGCCACUGCCAGUCUGAUCUGAGCUGCACGCAUUGACCUCUGGCUUGCAUGCCAGCCUGCUCUCCUCACUCACCACCAAGCCCUGUGCAUUUCCCCAUCGUGCUAGUUGUCAGGCUGGCUGCUGGGGCAGCCCUGGAACGUGGGUUAUAUGAGGUAUGUGAGACGAUCCCUUCAUUUCUAGUUUUAUUUCUAAUGAAGAGUUGGACUGUUUGACUACUCUGCCAGAAAAUCCCAUCAAAGUGUCUUAACUUGAAUGAAAGCCUCCCUCAGAGAGCAUCUCCAGAGGACCUGGGAGAAGCUGCUUGAUCCUAUAUACUCCUGUGAGUGCUCAGCACCUUCUCUUUCCUUUGCUCUUCUUUCACAGCCACAUACAGCUGUGGCACUGCUACCCCCAGGGCACAGAGCCAGAUGACCUUGAGGGCUACAGUAGGAGGAAGCUGUAUCUUGCUGGUGUUGCCACUUGAUUUUUUUAUCAGAAGGUAAACACGCGAGGCCAUGGGACUUGUUUAUACUUCAGGUGCCCUUGGACAUGACUAGAAAAUGUUGGGUUGGAUUUCCCAUCAACGGAAUCAACACACCCACUGGUUUCUGGGGAGGGGGAAACCAAAGUAGGUCCCAUGCUUUGGUGUGGACUGUGUUUGUGUGCCUUAAUUGAACUGAAAUGCGCCUUAAUUGAACUGAAAUGUGCCUUAAUUGAACUGAAACGUGCCUUGAGUUCAUAGCCUGUGAUUACUCUCCCAAAGGUUGGGUAGGGGGAAGAGGAUUAAAUUCUUUACGUAAGCAGUCAAACUUAUUUAAGUGGCCAAAGCCCUUUGAAAUGUGCAGUCCAAGUCCCUGUCAGAGCCUGUUUUUGUAAACUGCUCACAUUUCCCAGUGUGAUUUCAUGAAUCAUGGACAUCACUGAGACCACACCUUGAGACACUGACUGAGAUAUUGGCAAUAAAGGGGUCUGAGACACUGGUUUGGCGUGCCCUCCUGGUGUUGUCAUCGGUGCUGGCUGUGAAAAAUCCUCUCCAUGCAAGGAAGAGACGUGAAGCAAGGACAGCACGGGGCUCGGAGGGGCUGUGUUUGGUGACCUCCUUCAGAAUGCCACAUGGACCCACUCUGCUUCCUGCUCCUGAGUGGAUUUGCCCAUACCUCUGGGAUGAGUUUCCAUACACCUGUACAGCACUGUGGCUCAUGCAGCCCUGUGUGCUUUGCAGUGGAGAUGAGGGGUGAGAAUGAACUUGCAAAGAGCUGCCAGCUGCUACUACAGGUGCAAUGGCACUUCUUUAUGCUCAGUCUGUAUAUUGUGAGCAAAUGUGUUUUGCAAGCUUGAUCCAUACACACCCAAAAAGCAAAGUCAUCAGGCAGAAUACUGUCCAGUUGUUGGACCCUGCAGCUGGUGCACCUGUGGUGUCUUAUGGGAUUCAUUUCCCUUCCUCACCCUUAACAUCUGAUUCAGUCUAUUUUUUUUUUUUUUUAAUAUAAAGCAGGAGAUGUGCUCUUUAUCUGUGCUGUCUUUUGUGUUCUUGCUUCCAUUGCUUAUGAGGGAGCCUGGGCUGAGAAGGAAGGCUGUUCUGCCUUCCCAGCAGUGUGUGCACAGCGGUGGUUCUGUGUGUGGGGGGGCUGUUCUGAGGGCUGAAUGCAGGGCUGGUGUGUAGGGCACAGGGAAGGGGGGUGCAGGUGGAGGACCCUCUGUGGAAACACAGGCUUUCCCUAGGGGCUGAUGCUGGAACUGAGCUCUGGGAAAACUCAGCCUGGGGGGAGAAUUUCCAAGGUUGUGAAUGCUUCUUGCUAGAAGGUGCCACGAGUGCCAGCUGUGUUUUGUUACACGAGGAUUGCAGUUCAACCUGACCACCCUUGGUCAGCAGGCAGUGUCUGGUGCAAGAGAUGUGUUUCUUGGAAUGGCUUUAAGCCCACGAAUGGGUAUAUGCUGCCUUCUCUCGGCUGGAAACUGUCUGCCAGAAUGGAGCUGCUGUGCCUGCAGUGCUCAGAGUGGCCCAUUGCUGCCCCAAGGGCAAUGCAGCCAAGGCUGCCUGCAGCUCUGUGCUGGGAUGUGGCUGUGUCACUGCUGUCCCUGCCAUCCCCACCUGCUCCUGAGCUGCCCUGCUAGUUCCUCCUGCAAGCCCAGGCCACGUUUCUUUGCCCUCCGAAUGCCCUUUCUGUAAGUUCCUGCAGCACUCUUCCUGGAAGAGAUCAGUCUUCCUCCUACGUGAAUCUGGGCAGGGGAUGGCACAGGGUGUCUGCUCGUGAUGUACAUCCCAGCUCCUGCUUCCCCUGAGGAUCCAGGGAGGACACUGUGGUUCUGUCUGCUGGAUGCACCAAUGCACAACACAGGAUCUCAUCCCCAAACCAGCAGCGUUGUUCCAGACCGGUGUUGUGAGACCACUGCCAUUUCUGUAAAGAUUUUAUAACUUUGCAUACAAAACGAUGUACACACAGCUUCUGCAUCCCUGCUGUAAGCUCUGUGCUCAGUAACCUGCUUCGAGUUUGCUGCAUCGAUCUGGGUUUGCUCACAGCUGCACAGGGAACCGUCCUGCUGCUAUUUUCUGUCUGCUGAAGGUCAUGUUUGCCAUUGACCAAACUCUCUGAGUUGUUAAUGUAAUGGUUGUUUUUUUGAUUUUUUUUGCUCCAAGCAAAAAAACACUGAGUGACCUGACAUGGUGGCUAUGACAGCCUUUCACCCCAAUGAAGGUGCAUGGGCACUUCCUUCUGGGAGUGUGACUCAGCACCGCCGUUCUCCUGAAGGCUGUGAUGUUGUUGGGCUCAGCUGUGCAAGGAAGGUCCACGGGCACUGCUGUGUGCAUGUCCUGGUGCUGCAGGAAGCUGUGCCCCCCCCUGUACAGCAGGGGUGGGAUUUCAGCACAGCUUACAGGUUGGAAAGCAGACGAUCUUCAGCCCAACUUUACAGCCUGGUCCUUCGUGGCGGAGGAGUGGUGGCUUUCCUUCAAAGCAAGCGGUGAUGAGACAGAUCUGCUGCCUCUUUCCUUCCUUGUGGUCCCCAAAGCAGCCUGGGUCUGUUCCUGAGCAGCAGUCAUUAUUAAAAAGAGCUACAGCAAGAGCUGCUGUUGGGAAAAAGAAAGACCGGGAGACACUUUUGGCACAGGAAAGCCUAUGUGGGUUUAGCAUUUUGCUUUUAAAAGGCAGGAGGAGGAGACUUUGGAUCUUUUUUGGGACUGGGACCACCCUGCUGUGUCCCACAGCAUUGCUGGAGCAGUCCCACCACGUCAGACCUUCUGCCCCACUCCAAGCCAUGGGUGAAGGGUGCAAGCUGUGCCCCCCCAUCCUGGCUGUUGCUUCUUGGAGGCUUUCCCUAAAGCAGAGCAGGGCCUCAGCUGCAGCUCCGGUGGGUGGCAGCACUGACACAGCUUCUGCAGGUGUGACACGGGUGUGAUAUGCCAGGGGACCUCCGGUGGCCGCCAGCCCCAAACACACCUCCUCCAGGAGGUGAGCAUUUGCUGGGAAUGAGGAGAAAGAAAUAUUUGUUGGGUUUGGUCCCUGAUGUCCUCUGUCACAGUUACUUUCCUGCAUAGGUCACAGCUGGGAGCUGCAGUCCGGACUAACUGCUCACACUGAGGUUUUGUGCUCUUUAAGCCACUUCUGCUGCCAGACCAGAGCCGUCCUGCCCAGUUGGCUCCAAAGGAAAACACUUUCGGGAGCCAAAGGGUGUUGGGUUCAGCUCAGCCCGUGUGGCUGCUGGGUGCCAUGCAGGGGACAAGGCCAGCAGGAGAAACACCUUCUGUUCCGCUGGCCGCAGGGGUUGAAGUCCAGGGGCAGUUCACAAACAGUGCAGGGCAUUCACCUGCCAGCAGUUCAGAGCAGAGCUGGGGCUGCUUCUCCCAGGGCCGUUUGCAUUUCCUUUCUGUGUCCAAAAGAAAGGCAAAUGGCAUUGUUUCCCUCUCUCCCCACUCCCCAGGCCCCAAAUUCCCCCACAGCUUAUUCUGGGGUUGCUGCUACCUACUGUUCUUGGUGCUGUUUGCUCUUAGCUGCUCCCCUGCUUGCCUCCUUGCCCUGACACUGAGCAGCAUCAGCCCCAGCUGGAGCACUUAGGAGUUCCCCAGCUGUGGUUAUACCAGCCCCUGCUUCAGGCUCACACCAGCAGAGACCCUGCAAGAGCUGAGGGCAGAGAUGCUGGGUUUGGUAACAAAACAGAGCCCCACGUGGUGACAGCAACCCAUCAGGGUGCAUUUAGGGUGCCAGGCUAGCGGGGUGAGGAGGUGUUGGGGAAGUAAGGAGGGUUGGGCUCAGUGGUGGUUAUGAGCAGUCCCCAGGGCCUGCCUGUGCUUGCUCUGCAGGAGGGGCCGGCUGCAGGUAGUGAGCCCAGCCCCACCUGCUCACCCUCAGCUCUGGGAACAGCCUCACUGCUUUGCUGUGAAACAGGGAGAACUCACUGCACCCCCAGAACAGCAGCUCAGCUCCCAAGCUCACCCACCCCCCCUUGUAUUUCAGAGCAGGGUAGGCUCACGGUACAGUGACACAAUGCCCUCUGCUGUGUUCCACUGCCACCAAAAGGAAAGGAGCACAGGGUUGGCUGCAGAGCAGCCUAGAAGGACCCAGAGCAGAGCAGACACAUCCCAACAGGUGGCGACGAGGGCAGGCUGGAGGCAGCUGCCUCAGGUCCUCACUUUCCCACAAGGUCAUUGCUGAACUGGGUGGGUGCUGCUUUUUGAACUUGAGGGCCUAUAAAACUGGGAGAAUGAAUGCACGCACUGUCCUGUUAUUCAAAAAAAAAAAUAAAACCUGGUAAGCCAGGUGCAAGGCCAGGCUGGACUUUGCCCAAGCAGGAUUUUCUGCUGUUUGUGCCCACUCCCUCUGGCAGGAGGCAGAAAUACUUUGUAGUGGCAGAGACAAGAACGCCAGAAGCAGGAUUUUGGGGUAGCCUCUAAAGGGCAGGCAGGAACAGUGGCUUUUGUCAUGCUUUCCUCCUAUGCUUGUCAUAAAGCAGACCUGGGGCAAGGGUGGCUUUCUCAGUGCAGUCACGCGCUGCUACGUAGAGAAUGGGGAGCCUGAAGCAAUGAGCCUUGGUCAGCACUCCUGAGCAAGACACAGCUCCAGCCGUCUCUCUUGAGCUGGGGAGCAAAAGUUAGGAGUGAGGAGCCUGAGAGGACCCAAGAAGCACCCAGCAGGCAGCCACCUCUCUCUGGGCAACUUUGUGCCCCCUCCCAGCUCAUAUCCAAACCACACAGCCCCUCCACAACCCUUCUGCAGGAGGAACCACACGCUCUACCCACAAAUUUGACACUUUUUUCCUUUAUGUUGCACUGCAGUUUUAACGAAGAUAUGAACCAUGCAGAGUAAUGCCGCUUGUCAGCAGGAGCUCAGAAGAGAACGCAGCAAUGCCUGUCAGCAAGCGGCAGGGAGAGGCUCUUGGAAGAGAGGCAGGUGAACUCUCAG